AAAUCGUUCUACUGAUCGGGUGUUCCAUAAAGUGCGACUAGAAGUGCCGUGUGACCGUUUGAUACAAAGUGCUAAGCAAGUGAUUUAUUGAUGAUGUGUAUUUCUUAAAUCUGGAAACCUCUUUAGAAUUGUGUUCAGUUAAAUUUACAAAGGGAAAACUAAGAAUUAAACAAUGCAACGUGCUAUUUUCAACAAAUCGCUCCAAUAUGUUGGACAUAAAACCAUUUCCAAUAGGCAUAAAUCCUUAUUGCCGAUACUAUCCAAUCAACUCAAUUUCAACAACCAACUGCAACGAUACCUGGCCACAGUAGAGGAAGUUUUCCCCAACAAACCUGACUUCGCUUCACGCCACAUAGGUCCCCGAAAAACGGAUGUCGUUACCAUGCUAAACUCUAUCGGUUUUAAGUCAUUGGACGAGCUAUCGGAGAAGGCAGUGCCGGAUGCUAUCAAGUUUAACAGAAUCCUGAACAUUGAAGAUCCCUUGAAUGAGCAUGAACUUAUCGACCGAAUCCGAGCCAUUGCGAACAAGAACGAAGUAUGGAGAUCGUACAUAGGUAUGGGUUAUAACAACUGCCUAGUUCCACAUCCUAUCCUGCGGAAUAUUUUCGAAAACCCUGGAUGGACCACACAAUAUACUCCGUACCAGCCGGAAAUAAGUCAAGGUCGGUUGGAAUCCUUGUUGAAUUUUCAAACCCUAGUUACCGAGCUUACCGGACUUGAGAUCGCCAAUGCAUCGCUACUGGAUGAAGGAACAGCUGCGGCCGAAGCAAUGAGCCUAUGUCAUCGUUACAAUAAGCGGAAGAAGAUUUUUAUUUCUCGUAAGCUACAUCCCCAAACCGUUGCAGUUGUGAGAACCCGUCUCGAAGCUUUCGGUAUUGAGGUACUGGUAGGAUCGGUUAGAGAAAUUGACUUCGCAGAUCAUGAAAUAUCCGGUAUACUUUUGCAAUAUCCUGAUACUUUUGGAGACGUGCAGGACUUUGAACAGGUAUCUGCAGAUUGUAAGAAAAAUGGAACACUUGUUGCUGUAGCAACUGACCUAAUGGCACUGACUCUUUUGAGAUCACCGGCGGAAUUUGGAGCAGAUAUUGCUAUUGGAUCUGCCCAACGAUUCGGUGUUCCUCUGGGAUAUGGUGGGCCCCAUGCUGCAUUCUUCGCAUGCCGACAAAAGUUAACCAGAUUGAUUCCUGGUAGAAUGAUUGGUGUUACAAGAGACAUGGAUGGUCAGGACGCUUAUCGGUUGGCUUUGCAAACAAGAGAGCAACAUAUCCGAAGAGAUAAAGCUACCAGUAAUAUUUGCACUGCUCAAGCACUGCUAGCCAAUAUGGCGGCAAUGUAUGCGAUCUAUCACGGGCCUGAAGGCUUGAAAAACAUUUCUAACAGAAUUCAUAACUACGCCUUAACCCUUAAUGCAGGAUUGAUCAAAGCUGGACAUGAACAGUUGAAUAAGGCCUUUUUCGAUACCUUGCACGUUAUUCCACAUGGAAUGAGUACAACAGAGGUCAAAGCAAGGGCUGAAGCAAAAAAGAUCAAUUUGCGUUAUUUCGACGAUGAAUCAAUUGGUGUUUCAAUGGACGAGACGGUUAAAACAUCAGAUGUUGCUGACCUUUUGUGGGUAUUCAAUUGUCCUGAUCUGGAAACAACACUUGCUGAUCCUAUUGCUAUGACCUUGUCUAUUCACAAGACGCAAUUCAAACGUACAUCACCGUUCCUAACACAUCCGAUCUUCAACAAACAUCAUAGCGAAGCAAGGAUGGUUCGCUACAUGAAACAGCUCGAGAACAAGGAUAUCUCCCUUGUUCAUUCAAUGAUACCCCUUGGUUCGUGUACCAUGAAACUCAACUCUACAACGGAAAUGAUACCUUGCUCAUUCCGGCAAUUCACAGAACUUCACCCAUUUGCACCAAUUGAUCAGGCUAAAGGCUACAAACAGAUGUUUGAUGAACUAGAAAAAGAUCUUUGUGAAAUAACGGGAUAUGAUAAAAUCUCCUUCCAGCCAAACAGUGGAGCUCAGGGUGAAUAUGCUGGUCUUAGAGCCAUUCGAAGCUACCAUGAAUCCCGAGGAGAAGGUAACAGAACCAUUUGUUUGAUCCCAAUCAGCGCUCAUGGAACGAACCCCGCCUCAGCGCAAAUGGCUGGUAUGCGGGUAGAGGCCAUCAAAGUAAAUAGCAGCACCGGAAUGGUUGAUACUGCUCACCUGAAAGAAAAAGUUGAACAGCAUUCAAAGAAUCUCUCUUGCUUGAUGAUCACGUAUCCGUCAACUAAUGGAAUUUUCGAAGACAACGUUGUCGACGUAUGCGAACUUGUCCACAAACAUGGCGGUCAAGUGUAUUUAGACGGAGCGAACAUGAACGCUCAAGUGGGACUUUGUCGGCCCGGAGAUUUCGGAAGUGACGUAUCACAUUUGAAUCUACAUAAAACUUUCUGCAUUCCACAUGGCGGUGGUGGCCCAGGAAUGGGGCCCAUUGGCGUGAAGGCUCAUCUGGCACCAUUCCUUCCGACCCAUCCUGUUAUUGAUCCCUUGGCAGGGACCGAUAAUAAAAGCUUCGGUGUUGUGAGCGCUGCACCGUACGGAAGCUCGUCCAUUUUGCCAAUCUCAUGGUCAUAUAUUAAAUUAAUGGGUGGUCGUGGCCUACGUCGGGCAACACAAGUUGCCAUCCUCAAUGCCAACUAUAUGUCAAAGCGAAUGGAAAACCACUUCAAAACAUUGUACACGGAUCCGAACACCGGUUUGGUGGCCCACGAAUUCAUCAUGGAUGUGCGGGACUUUAAAAGAACUGCCAAUAUUGAAGCAGUCGAUAUUGCUAAACGCUUGAUGGACUACGGAUUCCAUGCACCAACUAUGUCCUGGCCUGUGACGGGAACACUUAUGGUAGAACCAACUGAAUCCGAAGACAAGGAAGAACUAGACCGUUUUUGUGAAGCGAUGAUCUCAAUUCGCAAAGAAAUUCAGGAUAUCGAGGAAGGUCGUCUAGAUAUACGAGUUAAUCCAUUGAAAAUGGCCCCUCACACACAAAAACAAACGAUUUCAUCCGAAUGGAACCGUCCGUAUUCUAGAGAGCAAGGGGCUUUCCCAGCGCCGUUUGUCAAACCUGAGACUAAGGUUUGGCCAACUGUCGGACGUAUUGACGAUCUAUAUGGUGACAAGCACCUGGUUUGCACUUGCCCACCCAUGGUUCCGGACUAUGAAUAGGUUACUUAUAAGAUUUACAAAAAAAAAAUAAAGUAUAAAAA